UUGGCCAGGUUGCGCUUGAGAUUUUGAUGAAUAUGUGCUGCUUAUAUUAUGAUAAUGAGUAUGAAGAUGUGCGAAGUAAAAUUCAGUAUUUGAAGACGAUUAUGCUUCAAGCUAAAUCACAUUCUGCAUCAGUAACUCAAUCAGAGAAAGUUAUUGCAACUUACAAGUGAGAUGAUAGCUAAGUGUCUACAGCCGCCCUGGACAGUAGACACAAAAACCACCAGAAAUAAACAAUAAGCAAACAACAGUUACUGAAAGAAAAUCAAGAAAUAGAUAUAUAAUUAUAUAUAAGGUGUACAAAGACUACCAUUCUUUUUAUGAAGGUCGUCUUAUAACCAUGGAAAACAUCAAAGCAACUAACUACAGUGUUACUCCUGAAUCUACUAACCCACCAGCACACAGAUAUGAUUCUGAAUCUGUUGAAGAAUUUGCUCUGAUUACACCAGUGCUUAACCCAAGCAGAUCACAUGAUGUAGCCGACAAGGGUGUAAUGCAGAAAUCUGGAAAAAAAUCUGGGCAACCUGAAGAAAAUACUGAUUUUCCCGAUGGAACAUACAGUCCUAGCAACAGCUCAAAGAAAUCUCAUAGAAAUGCAACUCUAGAACAACAGUCUAAUAAUGUGGAUACAUUAGGGACUUCUGAUGUUGAGGAAGAUGUGACAACAGAUUCUGAGGAGAGUGAUGAAGCGGAUGAAGAUGAAGAUGCUGAGAGCAGUUCCAAUGAAAAUGCUGCGGAAUCUACACGGCAACAGCAAACUCAAACAUCAGCAUCGAAAAAUUCAAAUAAUGAUGAAGAUGAUGGGUCAGAAUCUGAUGGUAGCAGCAGUGAUAAGGGAUCAAGUGAAGAGGAAGAGGAUGAUGUGGAUGAAGAGGAUGAUGAUGGAGAAGAAAUGGAGGAAGGUGAAGAUGAGAAUGAACAUCCUUCAUCACCUGGUACCCUUGUCAUUGAAGCUGAUGGAAGCUCAGCAACUAAUUGCCAUGGUAAUCAUACAAACAUUGUCGUGAACCCAACAGGUAGCCUCAUAAAGAAAACCUCAACCAGUAGAGAUGGAAACAAAUCUUCUUCCAGCCAUUCUGAAAUCUUUUUAAAAACUGAAGUGGCCAAUUCCAGUCACAUUGCCACAGCAACCCUGGAUGGUAGUUGUGACAAAACAGAAGCAGCUGGGUUACCAUUGUCUGGUAGGAACCAGUGUACAAGCUCACAACAUCCUCUAAAGAAACGGUUCUAUGAUGCCAGGCAGAUUCAGGUAGCUCAAGAGCUUGAACAGGAUGUAGAUCAUCAAAGUGAAAAUAAAUCCAUAGAAAAGAACAUCAAAGUGGAAGAUAAUCAGGCAGAUGCAGAAAAGGAAGUGAUAGAGGAAGUAAACACUGAAGAUGAUGAUGAUGAUGAUGAUGAGGAGGAUGAUGAUGAUGAACAAGAAGAGGAGGAAACUGAGAACCAUGCUUUAGUUGCCGCGGAGAAGCUAGUCCUGGGGACAGCCUGGCAGCGUUGGUGUGACCUUGGGUCAGCUUUGCAAAUGAAGAACCCUGAAGAACUUGCCAUUUUCCUCAUUGACUACUAUGAAAGUCGCAACUGUAGUAAAGUGCCCUCUACAACCAGAAUGCGGCUGAGGAGGAAUGGAACUGGCGUUGAUAAGCUAGCCCUUGACAACCACAGUAAAAAGAUGUACGGCAGAGACUUAAGCAUUGUUCUUAGAGAUACCUGUGGGAAGGAUAUGCUGGACAAAGUUGUAGGCUUCAAUGCAGCGGACAAGUUGCCUGACCAAAAUGGUGGGGAAUCAGGUGAAAAAACAGCCAUGGAUUUUGAUAUGAGAGACAAUGAUAAUUCAAGUGCAUGCACAGGCAGGAAAAAGUUGAGCCGUAGGAAGUCCUUACCAACACGUAGAGUCGCGUCACAGGUUGUUACGGAGAAGUACGAUGAUCAGGAUGAGACGGAGGAUUACACUGUGGAUGAGGACGCUGAUGACGACGAUGAUGACUUUAACCUUGUGUGUGGAGAAUGUGGAAAGGUUUUUUUUGACCCAGAUACUUUAGAAAAACAUGAGAAAAAAUGUGAUAGUCUGAAAAAGAGGAAACGUAAACCAACACCGAGGAAUAUUGCUGGCGCUCCAUUGACAAAGUUACGCAAGAAGAGCCGAUCAAGGAAGAGGAUGACUUCCAGAAAUAUACCUGUUAAAUUUAGUUGCGAAGUUUGCCUGAGAAAGUGCAGGACUGAGGAAUCGUUAGAAAAACACAGACUAACUCACCAGAAACAGAAUUUCUGUGAAGAAUGUCAGGAACAAUUUCCAAAGAAGAAAGAGUUCAAAGAUCAUAUGGCGUUACACGACAGUGGCUUAUUUAAAAAGCUGUAUCAGUGCGAACACUGUGAAAAAGAGUUUCAAACUCAUCCUGUGUUUGAGAAACAUUUGAAAUCUGUUCACGGUGUACCAUUUGUGCGGUGUGUCUGCGAGUUUUGUGGGAAAGGGUUUGCUCACCUACACCAGCUUCAGCGACAUCGUGUACGUCAUCUUCCUGAUAAACCAUUCAAGUGUGAAAAAUGCUCAAAAACAUUUACUUUCCACUCUGGUUUUAACCAGCACAAAAAAUGGCAUGAGAACUCGGAAAGUGGUAAAACAUUUGCUUGUGAGAUAUGCCAACGUGAGUUUUGGACUGAACAAAAUCUACGAAACCAUACAAGGAAAAGCCACGGAGAACGUAGCUUUAUUUGUGAAGAAUGUGGAAAAACUUUUACUGUAAGUCAUCGCCUAGAACGCCACAAAUUGAUACAUUUAAAUGACAAGCCGUACCAUUGCUCAGUUUGUAACAAAGGAUUUGUUCAGAAGCAUAGCAUGGUGGCUCACAUGCGCGUUCACACAGGCGAGAAACCAUUCCAAUGCUCACAGUGCCCUGCUAGCUUUGCGCACAAUGUCAGCUUAAAAACACACAAAAAAUCGGUGCAUGGAAUUGAUUGGUGGGCUGUACAUGGUGUUGAGAGAAAGACUUCUGCAAAAUCAAAAUCUCCUCGACCUAGGCAGCGUACUCGAGUCAGUAGUAGCAGUGAACCCAAUGCCCGGUAUCCUGAACCGGAAUUGACCAAUCAGGGGAAUGUCUCGCAGCAGGUGAUGUCUCUUGCAGUAGAUCAGCUUCUUCAGGCACCGUUGAAUGUCAUGGAAGGCAGGUCUGAAGAAAAUAAGCCUCAUUUGGCCGAGUACCCAAUGCAAAAUCGGGGAGCAGAGUCUGUAAUUACGCAUUCAUCAGGUUCUGGUGGGGAUAACCGUAUAUGCCCAGAAACGACGUCAGAACAAAUGACGACAGACCAACAUGUUGAUCAGCGCCGCAUGUCAGGUGAAAGAAGGUUACCUCCCAGGGUCGAGCCCCUUGGGGUAGAUCCUAGAUCUGAGCAGAGAAUGGACUACCGUAUGAUGCAACCUCAAAACCUGCGUAUGAAUUCAAGGUCAGAUCCGCGAAUGGACCCCAGGAUGGACCCACGAAUGGACCCAAGGGGUCUUGAUGAUAGAACACUUGCUGGAGUACGAGGAAAUCCUGAAAUGCAGCAAGAGAUCUGGAGAUCUUCAAGUUUUAUUGAAAAUAUGCCAUUCCAUCAGUCAUGGACACCAGGAAACUACAGCUGGUGAAGACAAAAGAAUGAAGAUGAGCAAAUUAUACUACGAUGUUGACCAUCAGAUAUCAUCAAUCUUUCACUGUUAUGUAAGCCUCCUACGCUGUAACAAAAACAGUGUUAUAGUGAUGUUUUUUUAAGUGACAAAGUUUUUUACUGUAAGUAGCUUGUUUAUAAGAAAUUAGUGGCAGUUUUAUUAAGAGCUUUGCAAGUUUAAAUACAUGUCAUAACUCAUUUUCUGUUUCUGAAAUAUUCCAUGAAAUUGUAUAGGCUUGCUGUAGCCUUUUUUUCCCCUGUGCCUGACAAUUUUGAGGGUACUGUUUACCUUCUAUGCUAGCUUAUGAAUAAUAAGGUAUUUACCUAGUUAUUAAUAAUUUUAAUAGAGAAACUGUCAUUGUUUUAAAUAAAGUAAAUUCUAAUGGUAAUAUAUUUUAUUGCUAGGGAAAUUGAAUUUAAUUUUAUAGUAUGUACUUGCUUAAAAACAAAGUUUAUAUUUGAAAAACUGCAGUAAAGUUGUAUCAUGUUGUUGAUGGUAUCUGAAACAUUUUAUAAGAUCAACAUUAAGAGUUUACAUAAUGUAAUUUAAUUAUUGUCACGCAGCUUAAAAUCAAUUUUAUAAUCCAAUUUCAAUGAAAAAUUCUACAAAAAUUAAACUUUUGUUGCAUGGUCACUGAUUUAAUAACUGAAAUUCCUUGUAUACAAACUCUUGUAACAGCUGACUGUGAAAAUUUUUCAAAAGAAUUUUACUAGAAUCAGCCAAAGAAAAAUUUAUCUCAAAGUGAAAUAUACAGCUACCAAAAAAUUAACAAUCACUUUUCAUAAAUGAUGUAUACUACGAAUAAUUAUAAAGUGUAUUUUAACAUCUACCCAUUAUAAAUACUGCCUGGGGCAUUUAUUGUCGAGAAGGAUAUUUGAGGAGGUGUUAAUUCCAGGGAGGUCUUUUGGGAUUUUUUUUGGGUGUAAAAUGAAUACAUAUGUACUAAAAAAAAAAACGCCUUUUAAUUUCACUCUAAAUGUGGAACUACAACACAUAAUUACUGGGACAGAUGUAGGAUUUGACGGUAGGGGGUGGGUGACUCCACACCUCAGCCCCACAAUAGUUGGGGCGGAGAUGAGAAAAUGUAGAGAAUAUGGACCACAAGAUGCCCGCAAAUUGCACUCUCAUACCUUAAAAAUCUUACCAGUAAUUCAUAUCAACAAUACUCAAUACAACAAUUAUUUUUCUUAAUAUACUUUAGGAUGUGAUCACACUGUCUGCACCCCCCUGCAUCUGCCCAGUAAUUACAGUUAAAAUGUCUUAUUGCAUGAUCAUCAAGACUAUCAUUCAACUAUGUUAGAAUAGUGUAAUUCUACUGGAGUAGAACAUUAAUAGAAUGUGUUGAGAAUGAUGUUGCUUGCAUUAGAUUUGUUUACAGUCAUUUGGAGGACACCUCGGGGUGUGUAAUCGAAGGAAUGCAUUUAUUCCAAAUGAAGAUCGAGAGGGGGCAUUUAUACGAAUAAAUAUGGUACUGUAAUUAAUAUGGUACUGUAAUUAAUAUGGUACUGUAA